CCAUCUGCCACUUGUAUGCACACAAAAAAUCACCAAUAGCUCUUUACACGAGUACGACCAAAGAUAUAUAUCUUACAUUUAUCUACCUAUGGCAAGUAUUUGUGAUCUAUAUAGCAAUACCUUGAUACCAUUACUAACCAAUUGGAGAAGCUCGGCCGAAUCGACGAAUCAUGGCAGUUGGGCUACUAAUCAAACCUCUUACUGCUCCACUCAGCGAUACGAUCUUAUAUAUGUCACUGGGAGGUUGUGGUAUCUUCUUCCUUACACAUAGAGAUGGUAGAGACUCCAGAGACACAAGCAGGUGGCUGACCGCACACCGCAGACAACACGAUUAAACCAUCUCAACCAUGAGCAUCCAGCCCCUCCAAUCCCGUCGGGAUAAAGAAUUCCCUCUCCAGAUCUGCCAAACGGCCCUCUCGCCCUGGACGUUGCCCGUGCUCCCUACGCCAGCCACCGUUUCCAAGGCCCGUCACUCUCUGAUAAACACGCUUCCCACCACCGGAUUGGGAUUUUCAGAGACAAAGCGACACUUAGUCGACGAUAUUAUCCCCGGCUUCAACGGCAGCAGCCUCAGUGCCAAUUACUAUGCCUUUGUCACAGGCGGCGUGACACCCGCUGCCUUGUUGGCUGAUACUAUCGUAUCUGCCUACGACCAGAAUGUGCAUGUGCACAUUCCAGACCACUCCGUAGCAACGGAUGUGGAACAUCGAGCUUUGACGUUGCUGCUUGAUUUGUUCGAUCUAGAUCGUAAAGUCUGGGUCCACAAGACCUUGACAACCGGCGCGACGGGUAGCAAUGUGCUUGGACUCGCUCUUGGCAGAGAGUUUGUUCUUCGGGCAGCUGUGGAAAGGAAGGUAGGAGCGGAUCGCGCGGCUAUUAAGAGCGUGGGUGAACAUGGUAUGGCGGAAGUAUUGCUUGCUGCGGGCCUAAAAGGGUUACAAGUUCUGUCCACAUAUCCGCAUUCGUCAAUUGGAAAAGCAGCGGGAGUUCUGGGUAUUGGUCGGGCAAAUGUUAAGAGCAUCUGUGCUUCUGGUGGGAGCGAGAGUCAACACCCACUUAGGUUUGAUUUUGAGAUUCUAGAAAAGGAAUUAUCUAGAAGCGAUGUGGCAAGCAUUGUUGCGGUGUCUUGUGGUGAAGUGAACACGGGACAUUUUGCGACAGGGGGACUUGAAGAGUUUAGGGAGAUACGGCAUCUCUGCGACAAGUACGGUGCCUGGUUACACGUUGAUGGCGCUUUUGGCAUGUUUGGACGUAUUUUGAAAAGCGGCAAAGAAUUUGACCGUAUUUUGAAAGGAUGCCAGGGGCUUGAAUUGGCAGACUCCAUAACAGGGGACGCUCAUAAAUUACUCAAUGUUCCCUACGAUUGCGGCAUUUUCUUCUCACGCCACGCGGAUAUCGCAGAGGAUGUCUGCAGGAACCCUAACGCGGUCUAUCUAAGUGUUGGUGCUGGUGAGAUCCCGGCUCCGUGCAAUAUCGGCCUUGAGAACUCCAGGCGUCUCAGAGCACUGCCGGUGUAUGCAACCUUAGUUGCAUAUGGAAAGGACGGUUAUAGGGAUAUGUUAGAGAGGCAGAUAAAACUCGCUAGAUCGGUUGCUGGCUGGUUACUUGAGCAUCCAGCUUACGAAGUUCUUCCUCACAACCCAGUGAAGGAAAGCCUUCUGCAGGAUACAUUUAUCAUUGUUCUAUUCAGGGCAAUAGACGAAGGCUUGAAUAAGGUGCUGGUGAACAAAAUCAAUGCUAAUUCAAUAAUAUUUGUGUCGGGAACGAGUUGGGACGGCAAACCUGCGUGCAGAAUUGCAAUUUCAAAUUGGAGAGUAAUCGAAGAGAAGGAUUUUGAAAUGAUAACUACCGUGCUACGUGAAAUCGCUCAAUAAUGUGAACAGCGAUGUGUGUGUGCGGUCUAUCUAUAUACAUCAAGAAUAUCAAUAGAAUACCACGAUAUUUUUUCACCAUUAUCUCCGACGUCCUGCCGUUGGAACGUCACUUCUAUCGGCCAUACUGACGACCUCCCCAAUGCCAGCCUCUUCUUGUUCGUCUUCCAGAGCUGUGAUUUCUUCUCUGCAAUCCCACCAUUUCUCUUCAGCAAGAGCAAACGCUUCCUUUCGAAGUUCCUUUAUGCUCAUUUCUGAUCCAGAUUUAGCAGUGUUCAUUUUACAUAUUAGAAUAUCCUGCCAUUCCGAGGAGGUCCUGUUGAAGAAAUCUCUCAGAGACUCAAAAGGUCGGGGAUGCGGUCGAGAAUCCUGGGCAGGGGUUUCUGAUUCUUGUUCGACCUCUGUUUCCAUCUGCGCAGGUUCCGUGACGCUUGUUGCUGCGGUCGACGCUACUUCUACCGACUCCAUCUCUAUAUCCUCAUUUUCUCCGUCGUCUGAUUCUUCCUCUUCCUCGUCCUCUUCAUCAGUGUCGACUGGAAUGACAUCAUUCCAAUGUUCAGGCUCGUUGUAGAAUAUCUCCUUUACGCCAUCCAGUUUCACUAGAUCAAUGGAAUACAUGUCGUUAAAUGUAAAUUCCUGAUCUCCUCUUUCAAAGGUGCCGCCAAAAAUAAACAGUGUAUCAUCCAGCACCGCUAAUUGGGAAUUGAACCUCCGGUGCGGCAUUUCAA